CCUAGCGGUUCUUAGAGUUUGGGUCACGUGCCAAGAUAGGCUACGCCAGCCGGUAGAGGCUCGACUGGGUUACCAUAGCGUACCGCUUAAUGAGAGAGUGAAGAGAGAGAGAGAGAGGUGUUGUUGAUAUUGUAAACUGGUGACAGGUAUCGUCCCUUACGUCGUGUCCUUCUUAUCUUACCUCCGGUACUCCCCUUGAUGGUGUGUAUAAAAAGAGAAUAGAAGAUGACGCGAGGCUGAGUGAGUUUAACGGGAAGAUGCUACUCGUCAGUGUGCCUGUGCUCCUUCUGCUGUCGGUAGUCGGUAAAGAUGCGGCUGACCUCCCCGCGACAGACGCGUCGUUUCUUCCGGACCUGGGGCUGCGUAGCGGUGUACUACCCGGUCCGUCGCUACCCGCUUCUCCGACCACCUCUCUAGACCGCUUCCAGGUCCAGCCCCAGGAGGAGUAUGCCUCGCCGGGUAUUGCCUUGGCCCGGUCCGCCGAGGAACCGUCCGCGACCACAGAGGACGGCGGCGAGUCUCACCGCCACGGUGGGGGGUUCCAGAUGGUACAGUGGGAAUGGAGCUAUGUGCAGACACCUUACGUUAUCGCUAUAUGGAUCCUGGUGGCCAGUGUCGCGAAAAUACUGUUCCACUUCUCCCAGCGGUUCACCACGGUGGUUCCAGAGAGCUGUAUGUUGAUCUUACUGGGCCUGGUACUGGGUGGCAUCGUACUGCUGACCAGUAAGAAACAGCUGUAUCAGCUAGAGCCCGGCCUCUUCUUCCUCUUCCUCCUGCCCACCAUCGUAGGUGACGCCGGGUAUUUCAUGCCCGCGAGGCUCUUCUUUGACAACCUGGGAACCAUCUUACUGUACGCUGUGGUGGGGACUCUCUGGAACGCCUUCUGUACCGGCUUCUGCCUCUACGGGGUCAAACUGAUGGGGAUCAUAGACCAGAAGGUUCAGGCAGGUCUGAUGGAGUUCCUGUUGUUUGGAGCGUUGAUCUCUGCGGUGGACCCAGUAGCCGUGCUGGCCGUGUUCGAGGAGGUCCACGUCAACGAGACUCUCUUCAUCAUCGUCUUCGGAGAGUCCCUGCUUAACGACGCCGUCACCGUGGUGUUGUAUAAGGUGUACAUGUCCUUCGUGGAGGUGGGCCCUGAGAAUGUUCAGACAGCUGACUAUUUCAAAGGAGUGGCCUCCUUCCUCAUCGUCAGUAUUGGGGGGACCGUGGUGGGUCUGAUCUUUGCUGCUCUCCUAGCCUUCAUCACACGUUUCACCAAGAAGGUCCGCAUCAUUGAGCCUCUCUUGGUGUUCCUCAUGGUCUACCUGGCCUACCUCACCGCUGAACUCUUCUCUCUGUCCGCCAUCUUGUCAAUGACGUUCUGUGGUAUCGGCUGUAACAAGUACGUGGAGGCCAACAUAUCCCAGAAGUCUCGUACCACGGUGAAGUACACGAUGAAAACCCUGGCCAGCAUCGCCGAAACCAUCAUCUUCAUCUUCCUGGGCAUCUCCGCCGUGGACAAGUCUAAGUGGGCCUGGGACACAGGACUCAUCUCCUGUACGCUCAUCUUCAUCUUCGUCUUCAGGGCCCUGGGUGUGGUCAUGCAGACCUGGGUGUUGAACUGGUUCCGCCUCGUCCCAUUGGACAAGAUCGACCAGGUGGUGAUGUCGUAUGGUGGCCUGCGAGGGGCGGUGGCGUUUGCCUUGGUGGUGCUGCUGGAUGCAGAACAUGUCCCUGCUAAAGACUACUUCGUGGCCACUACCAUCAUAGUGGUCUUCUUCACUGUCAUGUUCCAGGGUCUGACCAUCAAGCCUCUAGUGAACUGGCUCAAAGUACCUCGUGCCACCAACCGCAAGCCCACCAUCAACGAGGAGAUACACGAACGGGCCUUUGACCACUGUUUGACAGCAGUGGAAGACAUCGCUGGACUCAACGGUUACCACCACUGGAGAGACAAGUGGGAGCAGUUUGACAAGAACUACCUGAGCAAGCUGCUGCUACGCAAGUCUGUGUACCGGAAGAGCGAGCUGUGGGAGGUCUAUCAGAAAAUCAACAUUAGAGAUGCCAUCAGUGUUAUAGACCAGGGUGGCAACGUGCUGACCUCUGCCAGGCUCUCUCUGCCCUCCAUGGCCUCCAGGGCAUCUUUCCCAGAGGUCACCAACGUCACCAACUACCUGAGGGAAAACGGUAGUGGAGUCUGUCUGGACCUCCAGGUGAUUGACAACGUGCCGGGAGCCAAGGUGGAGGAGGAGUCAGAAACGCAUCACUUCCUGGCUGGGAACCUGUACAAGCCCAGGAGACGGUACCAGUCCCACUACAGCAGACACUUCAUGACAGUGGGGGACCACGAGCGUCAGGACAGAGAGAUCUUCCAGAGAAAUAUGAAGAGUCGCAUGGAGACGUUCAAGACCACCCGACACAAACGCCACAGCCACAAGAAGGACCGCAGCCAGAAAAAGCGGAGAGGCUCAGACGUUAAAGAACAGGACCUCAACGACAAACCUCGACGGAACGUCAGCUGGCAAGACAAAGAUCCUGUGGUGGUGCCAGUGGAGUCGGACGAUGAGAAGGGGGGACACUUGGAGCCAGAGAAGGAGGAGGAUGUUGGCAUCACCUUUGUGGCUCGACAGAUUCCAGACACGCCCAAAGAACGACCCAAAUCUGUCCCGGCUGGUCUGGAGGGCCCCUCCGUGGCCCCGCCGUCCCCCACCUGCAGCGAGAGGAACCUGCCCUGGAAGGGCGGCAUCGGAACCCUGCCGGUGUGUGUUUCCAUGGAGGCGACGAAGAUCAUCCCCAUAGACCUACAGCAGGCCUGGAAUCAGAGCAUCUCCUCCUUAGAGAGCCUGGCCUCCCCGCCGGGCCCCGUGGAGCCCUUACACCCUCGCGUCAGCGCCCUCUCCAGGCUGGGAGGGCCCCGUCCUGUCUCAUACUCUGGUAGUGGAGUUAGUGGGUCUUCUUUCGGAUCCAGAGGGGCUGGGUCAAUAGUGGCUCAGGGUAUCGCACGGUUUGAGUUCCCUCCGGGAGGAGAGGAGAAGGAGGAGGAUGACGACGGGGCCUCGUCUGACCAGGAGCAGGAGCUGCAGCCUCUCAUGUCAUCCUCUGUGAGGCCCCCUGGUCCCCCGCCACCUCCCCCCCUGGCACAGGGUCUAGGGCGGAGGAGGAACCCCUGUGUGUACCUGAGGAGCCUGGUCACAGCGCCCCCUCCUGGCAGUGAGCCGCUGGCGCGCAGCAGAGGGCCCACUCAGCUGUAAAUGGCUCCAACUACAUCUCUGGUUACAGUUUGCCCCGUCGGCGCAGAUCUAGGAUCAGCUUACUCAACCAAGUCCCUAACCGAUACCACUAGGGAGAACAACACAAGACUGAUUUCAGAUCAGCUUUUAUGGGCAAUCACAUUCCUCACUGCCUCACACACACUCAACACCAAUAACACACACACACACACACACACACACACACACACACACACACACACACACACACACACACACACACACACACACACACACACACACACACACACACACACACAGACACACCAGCUCAGGCCGUCCAACCCCUCAGCUCUGCUACUUCUCCCUCCAGAUGAUUCUUCAUCUCCUUCAAUAACUCUGGAUCCACCGUCUCUAUAGAUUCAGACGUACAUUAUAAACACACACAGGAUGUUGGACUAAUACAGCGAUGAUGAUAUUGAGGAAGUAUAAUGAGCAUCCCAAAAUAGCACCCUAUUCCCUAUAUAGUGCACUACUUUAGACCAGAGCCCCAUAGGGAAUAGGGUGCCAUUUGGGACGAAGGCUGAGAGUUUUGAUGUGGCAGCUGGUACAGUCACAGAUAGACAGACACAGUGCAUUGUGGUCCAUGGUUGGGGCUGUCCGUCCAUGUGGUAAAACAAUACCAGUUUUCAUAUUAUGCAUUUCUAUUCCCCCCUCCAGCUCCCUGCAGGGGUUGAGGUUCUGCCCUGUCUGUUUCAUACACUUGAAUAUAAGUCAAUGUCAAGAUGUAAGACGAUUUGGGAAAUAUAUCUGUCUACAGCCGGACCGCCGCAUUACCCAGGCCUUAUGGGGUGUGUCCAUCUAACAUCACACUCUCCAUUCAACCCCCAGUCCUCUCCUCGCCUCGCCUCGCCUCUCCUCUCCUCUC